GGCUGCUGUUCUAUACAUCGUUGUUCAUGACAAGGUAAAAUUAUUGUUGAUUAAUCCAUAAAUUGUUAAUGAGUUUUAUCGAUCAUCUAUAAAUUUAGAUAAACAAUUAUGGACGCCGAACGCAAAGCCAUAAUUGACUUUUUGUCUCGACCGGGUAUAAAUAAUUUUGCCUCGGAUUUAAAAUAUCAAAUAAAAAGUGCAGAAGAAUCUAUUAAAGCCCGAAAUGAAGGCAAUAAAAUAUACAUCAAGGAAGAUCACACAGACGACGAUCAUAAAAUGAUUCUGCAUUUUUAUAACAAGAGCAUGGCUUAUGCUCCCAGAGAAUCAGAAGAAUUGAUGAUUGCUUACAGUAAUCGAGCUUAUUUCUUAAUGCAUGUCAAUAAAUAUAAUGAGGCUAUAGAUAGUUUAGAUAAAGCUUUACAAUUGGCAGAGUCAACUCAAAUGAAAUUGAAACUAUAUUGCCAAAAAGCCAAAUGUCUCGCUGCACUUGGCUCCUCAGUAAAAGAUGAUGUAUUGAGAGAGAUCGAUCAGAUUUUCGAGGCAUCGCAGUUACCUAUAGAGUCAGCAAAUCUUAUAUCGAAUAUUAUUAGGAAAACUAAAUCUGAAGUAGCAUCGAUGAAGAAAUUCAAACCUAAAAAUCAAGAGUUCCUGCAGGAAAAACAACGGUAUAAUAAAAUUAUCAUGGAUAGAGAAAAAGUUGAUCCAUUUGAUUUUGUUGAAAUAAAACAAACGGAAAAUAUGGGUAGAGGUCUAUAUGCCAAAACUGAUUUUAAAACAGGCGAUAUUGUAUUAAUAGAAAAACCUUGUUUUAUUGGGCCACAUUUUUUCAAUAAAUAUGUAUUCUGUUCUCAUUGCUUAGAUGUUGCAUGGAGUGGAAUCCCAUGCGAAACAUGUCAUGAUUAUAUAUUUUGUUCUUUAACAUGUAAAAACAUGGCCUGGAGAGAGUAUCAUGAUAUGGAAUGCUCAAUUACACCAUAUCUUAUUUUAUGUAACCCAGACCUUCCUCAUAAAUGCUCUCAUAUGAGUCUUAAAUUUCUUGUAACAUUGAUAAAAGAUUAUGGGACAAUUGGUGAACUUAAAUCAAAAAUGGAAAUUUCCAAAAAUAAUCAGGUUAAAAUAGUACAUGAGGAAUCUGAACAAAAAAUGAUUUUAUUUAAUAAACUGAUGAGUUUGUCUCAUGAUUUACCGACGGAUAUAAAUGAUCUUUUAACUAUCUAUACAAUUGAAAUAUUGAUUUGUCUGGUAAAGUAUACAUCUUUCUUUUGUGAAAAGUUGAAGAAUAUUCAAUACCGUAAUCUUUCAAAAAAUGAAGAUUUUGUUUUCAUUGGAUCGUUGCUCUUAAAACUAAUUAAAAUAAUUACUGUUAAUGCUCAUGAUAUAGUGAAUCCAACUGACAUGAGUAACUUAAGUAGUUCACAACUUUGUAAUAUCUAUGAUGGAAAAUACCCAGAAACAAGAGGAUUUUGCAUGGGACUUGUUAGUAGUAUGAUCAAUCACAGCUGUGCACCAAAUAUUAAAAGAUGUAUUUCAGAUGGUAUAAAAUAUGUUUUUUAUGCCUUGGAACCCAUUUCUAGUGGAACCCAGCUUUUAGAAUCAUACAAUACUUGCUUUUAUGAGUCUCCAAGAAUGAACAGAAGACAACUACUUACAACUUUCGUGUGCCAAUGCAUUGCUUGUAAGGAAGAUUGGUUUCCUUUUAUGUACCCGAUAGAAGGGAUAGAAGAAGCAUUUAUUUAUAAAAUGAAAUUGCUUGAGCCAAUAACACAUGUGAAAGAAAUGACUUUUAUGAAAAGAAUCAAUCCAUUAAUAGAUAGAAUUCAUCAUGCAGAAUACGUGGUUGAUAAAGAUAUGAUACAAACAAUAUCUGACAUGAUGGAUGAAAUGGUUAAAGCACUACCACAUCCUAGUUUAGCCAGAUGUAAGUUAUUAUGUGUUGUUAAUAAGAUUUUUGAAGGGUAUUAUGGUCUUACAACGCCAUUUGGAAAAUGUUCAUGUUGAAGUAAUUUUUCUAAAGUUUUAUUAAGAACUAUUACCCAAUACUGAUUAUAAUUU